UGUUUUCACGCGUGGGUGUCAAACGUAGGAGGUUCUUAGGAUAACCACACCUCGGUUAAUCCCUCUCUUCAGUUAAAUCUGCCACUUAGAAUUUUGGAGUUUGCUUCAGAGUGACUUCCGGGGUAGAGGAAAGGAAGAAAAAAGUACAAGAUUAGAUUUUUUAGGUGUUGGAAUAGGAUAUAUUUAAUAAGAAAGAUGAGAGUCAGAUAAAGAAGAUACUACAGUAAUUUCUUAGAGAGGUAAGAAGGAGAUGGUGAAAAUGAUGGGGAGUAUGAGUGAGAAGUACGAUAAAUAAGUUGGUUGAGAAAAGAAAAGAGAGAAAAUGAUGGGCCGUUGAUAAGCUAAAGCAGUCAUUCUCGUAGAGCACUUCUGUCUGUCGGUACAUCUCGGUAACUCUCUUGGCUUCAAGCUAUUUAUGCUUCUUUCUCUUUUCCAUAUUUACAAGAAACUGUAUACAGAGAUUUCGAGCUCUGUCAGCGAUCAGGUAGCGAGGUGAGGACAUCCUCUGUUCACAGUACACGCGACCCUCGAUGAUGUUUGAGCUCAUCAAAUAUUCGGUCAAGUUCUUACCACCCGCCAAAACUUACAGAUGACUACACGAUUACGAGAUAGUGUCUAGUCAUUUAUUAUCUUAAUGACAUAUAUCCUUGACAAUAAUUAGCAAGCUGCUAAUAAUUAAGUGUCUUUAGUUAAGUGUCGUAUUUUGUGAAUUAUUAUUUUAUUUAAACAUAAAUAAAUUCAAUAAUUUAGUGAGAAAAAUAAUUAAGUGUUACAUGAUUUUAAAAUACUAUUUCUAACAAUGGAGUUGCACCAACAACAUAAUGAAAGACACAAUAUCACUGCUGAUUGUUGCUAUCAAUGGCCAACCCAUCAUACACAUCAUCAUCAAUUGCACCAUCAUCAUCAGCCACAGCAGCAGGUGCCUUCACCAAUGCAACAAAUAGAAGCAUGUUUGGAAACCGCCGGAAGAGCAAAACGUUCACGAUCACCAAAAACUCCUCUUUCUUCUCAAAUUACCGCAGCAAUAUCUAUAACGCCUUCAUUAACGGAAUCAUGCAAUGACAGUAAUAAUAAUAAUCGUAGCAGUAACGAUCCAUUAGGAUCAUCAUCUUCUCCCGAAAACAAUAAUUCCAAAAGACCUCUUCAUCAUGCUCUUGUUGGCGUUGGAGCCGCACUUGAGGCCCGACCUCUUUGGGAAGAAUUUCAUCAAUUAGGCACGGAAAUGAUUGUAACAAAAGCUGGAAGAAGAAUGUUUCCUACUUUUCAAUGUCGACUUUAUGGGCUAGAACCCAAUACCGAUUACCUUUUAGUUAUGGAUUUUGUGCCAUGUGAUGAUAAGAGGUAUAGAUAUGCUUUCCACAGUAGUGCAUGGGUAGUUGCUGGCCGUGCAGAUCCAAUUUCACCUCCAAGGAUUCAUGUUCAUCCUGACAGUCCUGCUAAUGGAUCACAUUGGAUGAAACAACCAGUCACAUUUGAUAAACUUAAACUUACCAAUAACCAACUUGAUGAUAACGGACAUAUCAUAUUAAAUUCAAUGCACAGAUAUCAACCGAGAUGUCACGUAGUUGUAGCACCUUCACCACCUGGUUCAGGUCCAGAUCCUCGUACUGAAAAUUUCAAAAGUUUUUCUUUUCCCGAAACCCGUUUUACCGCUGUAACAGCAUAUCAAAAUCAUCGGAUUACACAAUUAAAAAUAGCUAGUAAUCCAUUUGCAAAAGGAUUUCGAGAUUGUGAAUCUGAUGAAUGUGAAUCACCAAAUUCUGUAUCACAUAAUCCUGCGAAGAGAGCAGCCACUGGUAGUGUAGCGAUUUCGCCUUCGAAUUUUUCAUCACCUAUUCCAGUAGUACCUAUCACAGCAGCUAUGGCAAGUCCGGAACAUCAUCAUCAAUUUUAUGCAAGUACUCCUUCACAUUGGACAUAUCCGGGACAUCAUCAAACUAGUCACGUUAGUACUGGACAUUAUGUGUCUCAUCAUUCAUCCGGAUCUUCACUUUAUGGCCCACGAUAGUGACAAUUUUCAUUAUAGAUAAAUUAUAAAUUAAAUCAAAAGAUAUAAAAUUUUAAAAUUAUAAAUAAUUAUCUUAAAAUCAAGUCGAUCGACAUCUUGUGUAUUAAUGCCAAAUAAUAAUGAUGCCAAAGUAAAUUUAGUAGUUAUAAUUGCAUAAGCUUUUGCUUUUAUUAGUUUCUGCUAGUUAUUAUCAUAAAGUUUUCCUUUGAACUGCGUCAUUAAUGGCGACAUAUUUUGUCUGUUAUAAUUAUAAAUAUCUUCACUGUUUAUUUACAAGGAUAAUUUUAAAAAUAUAGUAAACCUAAAUGUGCCUUUUAAUAUUUAAUAUUAUUAGUUGUCCUUUUAAAUAUAUAAAAAUUAGGUAUUAUAUACAUAUUAGUGAUUGAUGAUUAUUAUAGACUUGUCUAUUUAGCAUACUAUCAAUCUAUUUCAAAGAAUAAAUAAAUGGCGACAUACUAUUUUAUUUGAAUUAAAGAUUUAAGAAUUUAUGGUCACGGUGUUUGCGAGUAUAACCAAAUGUAAAACAAAGUGCCUUUUGUAGGAGCAAAGUGCGUCUAUUUAUACGGGGUGGCUCAAAUGCCAAACGAGCCAAAACUCGCCUCGGGCCAAGUAAAGACGGGAACGUAAACGUGCCGUGACAAACCCCUUUAGCAACCGUUAAGUGCCUUAAUAAAUUAUGUAUGUGAAAUCACGUUAUUAUAUAUACGACACGAAACUCAAGACACUUUACAUUAUAAGAUAAUUAAUUAAUUAAAAAAUCAUUUUGUUAUGAAUAUAUUUUUAAAAAAAAAUUUACAAAUAAAAUAUGUAUUUAUUUCAGUAUAAUUAUAAUCCAUUACACUGUAAAAAAUCGGAAGUGAAUCUGGCACAAAGUGAAUACAGAUUUUAUUUCAAUUCAGAUUCUCUCUGUCACUCGGAGUUUCAGAGCUCAAAAAAUAAAAAUCACUCCGCAUAAGGAGUGAAUGGGGAUUUUUAUUUUUUAGCGGAGUGAUUUCGAAGUGACGCGGAUUUUAUUUCAAUCCGCAUUCACUCUAGUCCGGAGUUUUAACAUUUCGAUUAAAUUUAUAUUUAAUAGAAAUAACUUUUUUAUGAGAAAUAUAAUUAUUUUAAUGAAUAAUUGAUUCAAGUAUUAAUAUAUUAUGUUUUUAAUUGAUAAAACAUUUUAGUAGCUCAAAAAUUUUAAUUUCAAACAAUACAUAGUAAAAACAUUAAAUUAUUUAAUAGUUAUAGUGACAUAAUUUUUAUAGGAAUAAUUUAUCUUUCGGUACAAUAUAAAAUGUUAUUUCGUGGUAUGUUUGAUGUGCGUCAUAUGACAGUUUGUGACUCAGUGAAAUUACAUUAUUUAUGGAAAAUGAAAAAUCUAUUUUUUUAACUUCAUAAACGUGAAUGUUUUAAUUUUCAGCUGCUUAUAAUUUUUUUAAAUUACUUCGCGUGAAUAUACUUAUGUAACAGAAUCUUGUAAUUAUUUCUGUACUCAAUAUAAAUGUCUAAAUAUAAAAAAACAAACCUCACUAUGUAUAAAUUUACUUCACUAGUUUUUACUACGAUUUCAUUCCACGGAGUUUUGUGAUAAUUAAUAUUUUUCAAAACUUCCCUUCGCGGUGAAAUUUACUCCAAGGGGAUUAAAUAUAUAAAAAAUCAUUGACUCUGACGAAAAUUCUCCUUGAGAGUAAAUUUCACUCCGAAGGUGAGUGAAUAAAUAAAAAAUUAUCUACUCCGCGCUCACUCCGAAUUCUCGCCGCAAAUUUUUACAGUGUAAUUACCAUGUGUGUGUAUCAUUAUUAAGGUUCCUCAAUGUAAUUUUUUCCUAUACCGUUAUAAAUAGACAAAUAAUACUCUGAAAGAAAAAACAGCUUUCAGAAAUAUUGUAUUUUCUACUUACAAGCAUCUAAUAUAUUUAGUGCAAAAAUUUGAAGAUUGCAUUCAAAGUCAUUCUCUUAAUCGAAGAAAUCUGAGUUCAGCUCGAAAUAUGCUGAUUUUUUUUUCGGUAUCGUGUAAAUAAAUUUCGAUUUUCUUCUAUGAAAAAAAUUAUUCUUCAAGUUAGAUAUGAAAUUAAGAACAUAACAAUUUUUAUUAGUUUACUGUUUAAGAAAAUAUUGUUUUUACAAAAGUUAUUUAUUUUUU